AUGGCGCUUUUGACAUUCAGUCUGGUCAAUACCCUUGGCCUGGCGGCCGGCCUCCUCUUCGCCUACGUCUUCGGCCAUGUCUUUUACAACCUCUACAUCCACCCUCUCCGCAGGUUCCCCGGCCCCUUCUGGAUGCGCGCAACAUGGAUCCCCUUCUGCUACAAGCUGUGCACCGGCACCCUCCCCUACGACACCCUCGAGCUGCACAGGAAGUACGGCAUGGUGGUGCGCGUCGGCCCCGACGAGCUCGCGUUCCAGGACUCCCGCGCGUGGAAGGACAUCAUGGGCCACCGCCCCAACGGCGGCGCCGAGAUGGACAAGUCGCAGAAGUUCUACCGCGCCGUCCCCGGCGCCCCGUCCGACAUCGUCAACUCGGGCCGCGAGGAGCACUCGACCCUCCGCCGCUCCCUCGCCCACGGCUUCAGCGAGCGCAGCAUGCGCGACCAGCAGCCCAUCAUCAAGCAGUACAUCGACCUCCUCAUGAAGCGCCUCCACGAGCACGGCGACAAGGGCAAGCCCCUCGACCUGUGCGCCUGGUACAACUACACCACGUUCGACAUCAUUGGCGACUUGGCUUUCGGCGAGUCUUUCGGGUGCCUUGACGGCUCGGAUUACCACCCCUGGGUGCGAUCGAUCUUCCAGAUGGCGCGUGUCGGUACCAUCCUCCAAGUCGCUACUCACUACCCCUGGAUUAUGCCCAUCAUGAUGGCCAUGGUUCCCAAGAAGGUCAUGGAGGAGAGGGAGAACCACGAGAACUUCACCAAGGCCAAGUUGCAGCGCCGCAUGGAGCUGGGCCAGGAGCGACCCGAUCUCAUCGAGGGCCUGCUGAAGAAGAAGGAUGACUGGAACAUGACCUUCGACAAGCUCAAGGCCAACAGCAGCAUCCUCAUCAUCGGCGGAUCCGAGACGACCGCGACCCUCCUCUCCGGCGUGACCUACUUCCUCCUGACCAACCCCAAGGCGCUCCAGAAGCUCACCGACGAAGUCCGAUCUUCCUUCAAGGACGAGAGCGAGAUCGACUUCCAGUCCGUCAGCAACCUGCCCUACCUCCUCGCCUGCCUGGAAGAGGCCCUCCGCAUGUACCCUCCCGUCCCCAUCGGCCUUCCCCGUAUCGUCCCCAAGGGCGGCGCCAGCAUCGUCGACACCUACGUUCCCGAAGGCACCACCGUCUCCAUCACGCAAUGGGCCAUGUACUACUCCGAGAAGAACUUCACCGACCCCAAGAACUACCACCCCGAGCGCUGGCUCGGCGACCCCGCCUUCGCCAACGACAACAAAGAAGCCUUCCAGCCCUUCCACCUGGGUCCGCGUAACUGCAUCGGCAGAAACCUGGCCUACGUCGAGAUGCGCAUCAUCCUCACCCGCAUGCUGUGGAAUUUCGACAUGAAGAUCGCCGACGACAGCCUCGACUGGGUCGGCAGGCAAAAGAUCUACCUGCUCUGGGAGAAGGGACCUCUCAACGUCCACCUGACUCCGGUCAAGCGCUGA